AUGUUUCAGAGCCUUAUCAGGAAUGUCUGGGUCCCCAUGAAACCCUACUAUACCCAGGUUUACCAGGAAAUUUGGGUAGGAAUGGGGUUAAUGACCUUCAUCCUUUAUAAAAUCAGGAGUGCUGAUAAAAGAAGUAAAGCUUUGAAAGGCUCCAGUUCUGCACCUGCCCAUGGCCAUCAUUAACCAACUGCUCCCUGAGUCCAUUCAAGAGGAAUCCUGUUGGCUAAACUUAAGCAAGCUGUGUUAGAUAAGAACAUGGAACAUCGCUGUACACUUACUGAGUACCAUUUACCAUGUGGCAUUAAUAAAUGUAUCUGAGCAGCACCA